UGUAACACGCUCAGCUGCACAGCGCACAGAGCCGAGGGGUAGCGCAGCAGUCCAAAAGAACCCGAUAGGAACAGGCCUUCUCGUUGAGAUCAUGGACGAGAGUGGCAAGCUGAUCGCUAUCAUCGGGGACGAGGACACUGUGACCGGAUUUUUGUUGGCGGGAGUGGGGCACCGUACCGUCAACACAACAAAUUUCCUCGUUGUCAAGAACGACACGACGGUCUCGCAAAUCGAAGACGCUUUCAACCGCCUCACGGCGAGGGAUGACAUAGCGAUCGUGCUGAUCAACCAGCACGUUGCGAACGAGAUCCGUCAUCUCCUCGGGAGCUACUCCAAGACCAUCCCCACAGUGCUAGAGAUUCCCAGCAAGGACGUUCCGUACGAUCCCGAGCAGGACUACAUCAUGCAGAGAAUCAACAUGAUGCUCGGCGCCGGACAAUCGUAAAACGUAUUGUAGCAGUGGAGUGCAUCAUAGUUGGAAGAGUGCGAAGCCAUGCUUGGCCCUGUGCAUAUUCGUGGCGCGUGAAAUCACCACAGCCAAAGUAGUGCCCCGCAAUUGUGUCUAUUUAGGAUAGUGAAUGGCUGCAUGGAAAGUGCAGGCGCGACGUGUGUGUAACAUUCCAAGAUUGGGGGGGGGGGGGUAUUGCCAUGCAGCACGGUGCCUCGGUUAGUUCUUGCGCGCUCACACAAGCAUGUGUAAUUUAUGGUGUUUUUUGUGCCGUCUUGCUUGAGGAACGGUGCCGAUAGGUACAACAGCACGGCAUGCUUUUUGUGUUCUUCUGGCGGUCCUGCCCAGGAAAGCACCGACGGAAGCAAUUACUAUCGUCAUG